CUGUCAGUAGCAUGCAUACAUGGUAAAACAUCCUAUCUUAAAAAAUACCGUUUUCAUGAUUAUUUUUGGGCUAUAUCUUUAUUUUUUAAAGAAAUUUAAUCUUUUACAUUCAUAGACUACUCAAACACAUCUCAUUCUAACCUCCUAAGCACUCUCGUGUAAAAUGAAAAAAAACGAUGAAACCACUACGUUUGCUUCACCCAUAACUGAAGAAUCUGACACGAGAAAGGGAUUCAAUGCAGCCUUUGUUCCUCCUUCUAUAGAUACUACAACUCCCGAAAAAAGCAACUACUUUCAUACAACGAUUGCACCUGAUGUCCCCAAAGAUCAACCUUUCCGCUUAGGUGUAGAUGAAGCAGGUCGUGGUCCUGUUUUGGGUCCCAUGGUUUAUGCAGUCGCAUAUUGUCCCGUCGAUUUUGACCUAACACAUUUUGGGUUUGCAGACAGUAAAACAUUGACUUCGGUCAAGCGCUCCCAACUCUUGCAAGAUAUUUGCAACACGGAGGAUGAGCUUGGUCGUCAUGUUGGCUGGUCCGUUCAAAGUAUCUCUGCCCAGGAGCUGGCUGCCGGGAUGCUGCGCCUGCACAACAAGUACAAUCUCAAUUCCCAGGCACACGACACCACCAUGGAUCUAAUUCAAAAGGUUUAUGAUUCAGGUGUUCGAGUAACUGAAAUUUACGUGGAUACGGUGGGUCCUCCAGACACAUAUCAACAGAAACUUCAAGCACGUUUUCCUCAAGCAAAAGUGAAGGUAACGAAGAAAGCAGAUUCUCUAUUCCCUAUUGUGUCUCUAGCAUCUAUUUGUGCGAAAGUAACUCGUGAUAUUCAACUCGAACUUGUCCGAUAUCUUUUACAGACUCAAGAUUGGGGUUCUGGUUAUUCGGCCGACGCGAGGACAACGAAAUGGCUACGCUCCUCAGUUCAUCCUGUAUUUGGCUGGAAAGGAGAUAUUGUACGCUACUCAUGGCAAACGGCUCGUGACAUUCUUGAGGUGGCUUCUUCGAAAACUUCAUCUCCAUCUUUUGUUGAUGUCGACUGGCAUGAAGAAACCUCUGCUCCUCUUAAUUUUACAAUUCGUAAACCAAGCACCAAAAACCGUUCAUGGUUUGGAACAGACUUUGUUUUCUAAUAAUCGACUUUCAAUCGUUUAUAUACUCUUCUUUUGAAUCAUUCCCUGUUUUGUUUUCCCUCAGAUCUUUUCACUACUAAUUUAUUUCUUUUUAUGCUUACCUUCCAUUGAGAAUAAAUUUCAUUUUGCAUCCUAUAGCACUUUCUUUUGUUUACAAAUUAACGAUGCGCUUUAGUUCGUUGAACACUUCACCACCACUUUUCCGCGGAUUAUAAUCUGCAGUUAACCAAGCACUCCGUCUCAUAGAAAUUCACUUUUGUUUCGG